CGUUGCCGUUCGGGUCUUUCGAGUUGCACGAGGACGCCAUCAGCUUGCUUGUCUUUGCUUUUUUCAUAAUUGGACUUUCUAAGUAGGUGAAUUUUCACCAUGGAUUCGGCGACAAACGAAGCAGUGGAAGCUGGCGUGGCGGAGAAGCAGGAUGACAGUGACAGUUUUAUAAAAGUCAAGUCUAAAAAGAGCCGUAAGAGGAAGCUGGAGCGAUCUGAUAUGGACACUGGAGGACCUGUAGCAAGCAAGAGGCCACAGUUUCCGCCUAUUUCUGUCGACAAAUUAAGGGGGGCAGAUCAGAUGCGUAAAGUGGCCGUCCCGGCACAUCGUUACACGCCGCUGAAGGAGAACUGGCUGAAGAUCUACACUCCCAUUGUGGAGAACCUGCAGCUUCAAAUCAGAUUCAACCUCAAAACGCGCAAUGUGGAGAUUAAAACUUGCAAAGAGACACAAGACAUCGCCUCACUCACCAAAGCAGCAGAUUUCGUGAAAGCCUUCAUUCUGGGCUUCCAGGUUGAAGACGCGUUGGCCCUGGUCAGACUGGAUGAACUCUUUCUCGAAUCCUUUGACAUCACAGAUGUGAAGCAGCUGAAGGGCGACCACUUGUCCAGAGCCAUCGGCAGGAUCGCAGGCAAAGGAGGAAAAACCAAAUUCACCAUCGAGAACGUCACAAAGACUCGCAUUGUGCUGGCCGAAACAAAAGUGCACAUAUUGGGCUCCUUUCAAAACAUUAGGUUGGCCCGGACAGCCAUAUGCAACCUCAUCUUAGGAAGUCCACCUUCGAAAGUCUACGGAAACAUCCGAGUGGUCGCCAGCAGAGCUUCAGAAAGAUUCUAAACCGGUCGACAUGUUUAUUUUUUUUUGGGCGAUUGGGGUGAUGGAGGUCAAUACGGACUUGGUUACCAUGGACUUGACGUCAGAUGAGGAAUUUGACACGCGUGUGAUGAAUAUUUUUGUGUGAUGUUUGUGUAUAUAUAAAAAGGACAAACCAACA